AGGUAUUAGACUGUAGCGGUUUAGUGAAACCUAUGUCUAACUCAUCUGACCUUGGCCUUCCCGUGAGAGAACUUAUGGGCUGGAAACUAUUUUUAGAAGUCUUUUACACUGAACUCCCUCUUAAGUGUUUAGUCUUAUCCUACACUCCCACCACUCAUGGCUCAAAAGACUAUAACCCACUUGCCCUGGUCUCCCUCAAGUUCUAAGGGGACCCCUACACCAUAACCGCUAAAUGUGGUUUACCACCAAAAUCAACCUCCUAUGGUAACUGCCUAUUCACGUUCUGGCGGUUUUCGCUGUUUUCCGCUACCCAUUGUAUUAUAGCAGAUGUUCUGUAACGCAUUCUUGAUCUUCUUGUUAUUGCCUGAUCUUGUUCGAUUCAGGGUUCUCUUGAAGAGAAAACACCCGCUUGCAUUAUUUUGCUGUUAUUACCAAAAUUUGACUCAACUAGAUCUGGGGUCUGUAAAGAUCUGUGAUAGAAAUGAUGCAGAGAACUUUCUCCCCUUUUUGCAGUUGGUAUUAUUCAGUUGAUUGCGGGAUGUGUGAAGAAAUCCAUGGCCGCCAGAUGUGUUCUGAUAUGAAGAUUUUCAUCGAUGUGGUCUGAUUUUGAUUGUGUGGAUGGAUGUAUUUGAAUCAGAUUCAAUAAGGAAGCAUUCAAGAGGCGAGACUCCGAGACCUCCACUGGGUCUGGCUGAAAGAAACAAUGUAUCGGCCACUCGUCGCUCUCGGACGAGGGAAGUUAGUUCUAGAUACAAGUCACCUACUCCCUCGGCCCUUUCCACACCUCGGCGCAGUGCCUCGCCGAAUGCCUCAAGAACUGUGUUUUCUUCCUCCCAAAUGGUGCAGAAAAGAGCCGUAUCGGCUGAGAGGAAACGGCCUUCCACGCCUCCUUCUCCGACGAGUCCAUCGACUCGGGCUCAGGACUCAUCUGCUGAUUUGAGAUUGUCAUCAAGAAGGACGGCAGGCGGUCGUAUGGCGGAAAGUUUAUGGCCUUCGACCAUGCGGAGUUUGAGUGUCUCUUUCCAGUCUGACAUAAUUUCUGUUCCCGUCAGUAAGAAGGAAAAACCAGUCCCAGCAUCUCCUUCCGAUCGGACAUUGAGGCCGUCUUCAAAUUUUGCUCACAAGCAUGUCGAAACGCCUAUGGUUUCAAGGAAACCUACACCAGAGAGAAAGAGGAGUCCUCUUAAGGGAAAGAAUGUUUCCGAUCAGUUGGAGAAUUCUAAGCCAAUUGAUAGCUUGCAUACCCGGCUUGUAGAUCAGCAGAGGUGGCCGAGUAGAAUUGGUGGGAAGGUAUCAUUAAAUGCAUUAAGUCGAAGUGUGGAUCUUACUGAUAAAAUAAUUCGGAGUUCUAGUGGUCCACUUGUAGGAAUUGGGUUAUCUUCGUUAAGGAGAACUUCGUCUGAUUCUAUGAACAAACUUUUCCAGAGAUCUAAUAAUGAUUGUACGAGGAUUCUUCCACUUGAUGAUGGUCUUAGAAUGGAAGGUGAAUCAAAUUCAGUUGAGAAUUGUUCAUUGCAGGCAUCAGGAAUUCCUAGGCUUGCUUCUAAUGGCUUACCAGAUAGGCUAAAACCAACACCAGCUGUCAGAUCUCAGUCUCUGACGUUACCUGGAUCUCGUCUACCUUCACCCAUUAGAUCCUCAAUGCCAUCAGCCUCUGUUUCUAGAGGUUCAAGUCCAACCCGGCCAAGAUCAUCAACUCCUCCUCCUAGGGGUGUCAGUCCAUCUCGAGCCAGGCCAACUUCCAUUCAAUCAAGCUGCUCAACUUCGGUGCUCAGUUUCAUUGCAGAUUUUAAGGGUAAAAAAGGUGCUAAUUAUAUUGAAGAUGCUCACCAGCUACGGCUAUUAUAUAAUAGAUAUAUGCAAUGGAGAUUUUCCAAUGCACGAGCAGAGGCUGUACUUGACAUGAAUAAAGUAAAUGCAGAGAGAAUGCUAUGUAAUGUCUGGAAAGCUACGAUACGUAUUUGGGAUUCAGUAACCAGAAACAGAAUUGAUCUCCAUAGGCUGAAGCUAGAGCUCAAGCUGAAUAAGAUUAUGAAUGAUCAAAUGUGCUACCUUGAGGAAUGGGAUUCACUUGAGAGAGACCAUAUCAAUUCGUUGUCUGGUGCAUUGUUAGAUCUUGAAGCAAGCACUCUUCGAGUUCCCCUAACUACAGGAGCAACAGCAGAUGUUGAAUCAUUGAAAGGUGCAAUCUGCUCAGCUCUUGACGUGAUGCAAGUAAUGGCAUCCUCCAUAUGCUCCUUGCUUUCGCAGGUGGAGAGCAUGAAUGGGUUGGUUACAGAACUCGCGGUUGUAGCUUCGCAAGAGAAAGCAAUGUUAGAUGAAUGUGAAUCAUUGCUGGCAUCAACAACAGCAAUGCAGGUAGAAGAGUACAGUCUUAGGACACAUCUCAUACAAAUGAAACAAGCUUUGGAAAACACAACUCUCAAUCUUCUUCCCCAUCGGUAUAAGUAUAACUACUGCACCCCCUUCAUAACCUCUCACCAACCAAGCUAACAACAAUAUACCUACUUCCACUCUCUCCAAAAAUUCCACCUGUAUUUGCUUCUCAUCUCAAAUGUAAAUUUGAUUAUUUAUUUUUUUUAUAUAAAUAUAUAGUAUAUAUACAGUAUAUAUAUUGGAAAGAAAAUGCAAGUCAUUCCAAAAGCAGCAUCCAAAAAGAGUGUUAACAAUGCAAAUGAAACUGAUGGUAAAUUAUCAGGACAGUUUCUUUUUGUUUA